AAGAGCCAGAUGAUUCACCUUCCUCAAGUAGUUCUAAUUCUGCAAGUAAAUCUUCAACAGACUCACAAGAAUAUAAACCUAUUAAUUUUAUUCCACCGGAAAUUGAUCCUAAAAUUUUUGAUCAACCAUUCAAUUUUGAUGAUAAUCCAAAUAAUUGGAUUAUCUUAUAG